AUGUAUUAUCUAAAUUACGAAGUAUUGCGGAGUAGAUAUUAGCAAUUUACACAUUUCAAUAUAUUAGAUCAACUUGAUCCAAUCUAUCAAUCUCUUAAGGUAUUUAAGUAUCCUAAAUUAAUUUAAAAGUUGUCUCUCGAGUCUAAUGAUAGGAAUACUUUCUUUUAGGAAAAAGUGCAACAAUAACCAGAUUGCUUCUAAGUAAAUCCUAUUUAUGGUUUUACAUAAUAAGCGAAUGAAUUGUAUAGUAGUUAUGGACAACCUACUUAACUUUGUUUUUAUAUGCAUCGUCAAAAGCGAUAUCUUAUGAUUGGUACUUAACAUUCAGUAAUCAUUUGCAUUGAGGUUGUUAAUGGAAGAAUAGAAUCCAUAUAAGCAAUACUGAAUGCUGGAGAACGAUAGUCAAGAUAUGGUCCUGUAUUAUCUAUUUAAUGUUGGGAAAAAUAUAUGUUGGUUGGAUUUGAAAGAGGAGAUGUAUAAUUAUAUGAAGUUGGUCGUAAAUGGGAACGUUUACAUCAUGAAUCUUAAUUACAUUCUGGUAAAGUUGUUUCAGUUCUAUUCAUUCCAUCACCAAUGAUUGAAGCACUUUCACUUGAUGAACAUGGAAUCAUUUAUAAACAUUCAUUUACUGUCAUGACUGUUAUGGAUAAAUAUAUCGUAUCACAUUCUAAAGAUAAAAUCUAUAAAAAUGGUAAAAUAUAUCAUAUCAAACGCAAUCCUCAAUAAUCUAAAUAAAAAUAGUCUUCUUGGUGGAAUAAUGCCAAAAGUAUAUUCAAAAAAGAUGAAGAACCUAAUCAACACAUUGAUCCAUCUAUUAAACACUCUAGUGAUACUGAUGGAUAAUAAACUAAGUUUGCACUUGAUAUUAAAUUAAUGCCUGAAACUAUGGCAUAAUAACUUAAUCAAAAUGUCUAAUCUCUUGUCAUUGCUGCUCUACUCUACUUUAAUAGAGUUGAAAUUAUUAAAUUUUAUAAAGGUAUUUUCAAUCAAUCAUCUUAGGCUCAUUAAAAUGUGAAAUUGUUUAUACUCUUAAAAGAUAUACUUUCUCACUUGAUACACCUUAAAAUGAAAACAAUGAUAAUGGAGAACUAUCAUGGGGAGAUGGAUAUUUUUAAAAAUCUUAUUAAAAUGCAAAAUUAUUAUGCAUUAGAUGGGGAGAUAUUUUUCAUUUAGUUAAAUGUAUGAACAUUGAAGAAGAAUUAGAAAUUGUUGAAGGGUAUUCUAAAUCUAAUAUCUAGUGCUGUUUAUAAAAUGGAGAAAACAUAAGGAAAUAUCAUAAAAAGUUCCUUUUUAACAAAUAAUAUUAUUUAUAUUUUUUCAGAUUCCAAUUGGGUUGCAUUAAUUCAUACAACUUAAUUUUAAUUCCCUAAGUAAGAUCAUGAAAUUUUAAACUUUGAACCUAAGACCCGAAUGCUAUCUAAAGAAGAAGUUGAACCUCAAACAGCAGAAAUUAGUAUCUCUUAUGAAGGUCCUAGUAAACCUUGUUAAGUACAGAUAUAUGAGAAUGGUAUUGUUUCAUUGAGAAAAAAUAACAUUCUUUUAGAAAGACUUUAAACUUGGAAUGAAUAUUUAGAUGAUCUAAUUGAGAAGAAUUAAUGGGAAAAAGCUAUGCAUUAAGGAAUGCUAAUUUAUUAAGGAUAAAUAAAAAUACUUAGUGAAAUAGCUUCAUCCUUAUCAGCACGUUAAGAAUAAAUGAGUCAAAUGUUUCAGAAGAUAGCCUUUACCCAUAUUAUGUUUGCUUUAAAACCAUUAGAUGUUCCACUAUCUUAAUAAGAAAAGGAAAAUAAAAUAAAAAAAACAAUAGAAUUUCUGCUGAGAGUUGAUAACAUGACUUAUGCUUUAGUAGUACUAAAAGAUUUCUUUAAAGAUAUCUAACAAAUGAAAUUGUAUUUCACUUGUUUGGACCCCUUCAUAAAAAACAAACAAAUAGCUGUAAUUCCUGAAUCAUUUUUUGUUGAUUAUGUUAGUUUUUAUUAAAAUGAGAAAGAAAUGAUCUAAUAAUUAGUACUACAACUUGAUCUACAUUAAUAAGAACCUACUCUUUUAAUCAAAGUUUGUAUGGAUUAUCAUUUGUAUAAGGCUAUGAUAUAUUUAUGUACAAAAUAGGGAGAUUUUAUCACAGGUUUAAUGAAAUUAAUGGAUUUAUGGGAAAAUAAAUGUUAAUUGGAAUAGAAAGAACAUAAUAAUAUUGAAAAGGAGAAAUUACGUCAAUUCAGAAUUAAGUUAGGUUAUAAUAUUUUGGCUUAUGUUCGAAUGUGUGUGAAGGGAAUCAACAUUUUGGGAGAACGAGUACCUCAUAAUGUUUAUUUUGAUAUGUUAAGGGGAUUAGUAUCUUUUAUUUUUAAUGCUGAAAAUUUAAAACAAUUUAUACUUAUUGAUAUCCGCCUCUCACUUUAAUUACUGAUUCAAUUUAUGUAACAUCAUAUUUAUACAAAUAUAAAAUCAGCAACAUUACCAGUAGCAAAAUUUGAAAUUAUAAAUCAUGUUCCAGAUAUUCUUAAAUUGAUGCUUAGUAGUAUAUAAAACACAAGAGAGGAAAUUAAGAACUAAGAAAACUAUUAAAUAAUUUUUGAUGAAAAAACAAAGCGAUAUCAUUAAAUAUCCCUUUCAGAACAACUAAAUUAUUUCCUACUUUUUUACUCUCAAAUGUUAAUGCAAUUUCCAAAUUAAUUAACUAAAGAAUUUAAAGUAAAAUUGUUUAAAGAUCUUCUGUCUCCAUCAUAUUUUGAAACCUUAAAAUAGUAUAAUUUCAAUGAUUAAGAAUCAGAUCCUAUUUAUUUAGAAUCCUAUGAAGUAAAUAAGAAUGCAUAUUUGAUUCAUAUUUUUGACACUAGCCAUUUGAAUGAUGUAUCCAUUUUUUUAAACGAAAGUAUUCAAUAUCCUGAAUUUUAUGCAUUUCUUGUAUUUAAAUAAUAAGAUUAUAUAACUUGUAUUUCUAAUUAUUUUCAGAUGCAAAACAGUGUAAUGAAGAGAAAUGUAUUUGAAGUAAUAGAAAGACUUUUAAUUCAUUGUGAUGAGAAGUUUCUAUAAAAUUUAUAAGAGUUUAUAAUUGAAAAUUGUGAUAAACUUAUGACUAUCAGUUAAUAGAAUACAAGUCGUAUUUUCAAGGAAUAUUUCCAUGAUACUAAAUUAUAAAUGUAAAUAAUUUAGAAACUAGAAAAGACACCAUAGAACCAAUUACAUUAUCUUAAAUAAUAUAUUAAGACUGAGAAGGCAUCUGAUUCGAUUAGAUUGUUAUACCUUGAACUUCUUUGUUAGAGAGCUCCAAAAGAAGUCUUGAAAGAUGUUUAGAAUGGAGACUUUCCAUUAGAUGAUGCAUUAGCUAUUUGUGAAAAGUAUAAGGUUUAUAAUGCAGCGGCUUUUUUACUUCAAAAAAAUGGAGCAAUAUAAAAGGCUCUUGAUAUGUUAACUUUACUUUUUGUAAGUAGAUUGAAAGAAUGUCAUAAAUCAUUUGCAAGAUCAAAAACAAUCUCAGAAGUUGAUGCAGAAGAGAUUUUUGAAAAAUUAAAUUAUAUAAUUGAUCUCUGUUCAAAAAUAGAAGAUGAUGAAUAUUGGUUUUAAUUUUUAGAUUCUUUUUUCAAAUAACAUAAGUUAGAAUAACUCACCGAUCUAAAAGUACCAGAAUCUUUAAGAAAAUUACAUGGAGAUAUAGUUUCAGAAGUAUUCUUAGCCAUGUCUAAAUGUAUAGAAUUAGAGAAACUUCUUAGUGUAAAUUAUGAUAUUAUUCAAUUAGAAAAUGAAUCACCAUUAUGGUUCUAUUCCUUUAAGAGUUUUUUUCAGAACAAACAAAUCAAUAUAAGAAAAGUUUGCUUUUGAAUUGCCAUCAUAUAAUAUUGCUAUGUAAUAGACUGAUGUCACAUAUAAAUCCUUAAAUCAAAAAUUAUUUAAAUAAAUGAAUUAAGGAGUAUGUGUUGAUCGUUUUUGUGGUGAAUGUAACGAUCGUAUUACUAAAUGUACUAAAGCUGUAGCAUUCUAAUGUGGACAUAGCUAUCAUUAGGAAUGCUACAUUGAACUUCAUGGUAGUAAUUAAAAGAGUUUUAAUAGUUUGAAACUAAAAAAUUAAAAAGUUUUUUAGGAAUGCUUUAUUUGUUUAGAAAAUAAUGAAAAAUACAGUAUUUAAAUUAUUUCAAUUUCUUUUAGUUGCUCAUUUAAUUAUUUAAGCUAGUCUAAAAAAGUUAAAAUUCGAUUUUGAUAAAUACAUACACAGAUAAGCUAAUGUAGUACCUGAAUCAAAACAAAUUGUUGUGCAAUAUGAUAAAACAGAGAGAAGAGAAAAAGCUAUUAAGAAACUGAAAUAGGAUGACUUUAAUAAAAUGUAUAUAAGAGAGGUAAAUGAUUUGAGUUAAUUUAUAGAAUUCAUUAGAUUGGUAGAAUUGGUGAAAUAAAGAAUAAAAGUGUGUAA